GGAGGAGACUGGGGCAGAGAUACCGAGUAAGAGACAGUGUGGAGAGAAAGACAAACAAACCCAGAGACUCAGGGACAAGGAGAGACCCAGAGCCUUCUAGGGCAGAGACUCUGGGGCAGAGAGAGAUGUGAGGAGAGACUGAAAGUAAGUGAACAGACAGGAGACAGAGACACGGGUAGAAAAGAAGAAUACCGGAGAGAGAUUUCUACCCUCAGAGACCUAGAGAAUGUGAUAAGCUAGAGUGUCAGAGAGUCAGGGACGGAGAGACAGGUGUGUCAGAACAGAUAAGAGGGAGAGAGAUCAGGAAGGGAUGCAGAUGAAAGGAGAGGGAAAGAGGGAGAGGGAGAAUAGAUUCACAAAGACAAGAAGGGCAGAUUACGAGACUAAGGGACAGACAAGGAUACAGGAGUACAGAAGCAAGAGGGGAGAAAGGGACAGAAAUUAGAGAUAAAGUAAGAUGGAUUGAGUUUUCAAAGAGUCAGAGAAGGGUGACAGGCAGCAAGAGAGACAGAGAGUUGGAGGGAGAUUUGUUAGAAAACCUUAUCCAAAACUUGACAAUAAGACAAAGAAGCUGACUGGGAGCCCUCUCUGAGUUCCCUAGCAUGUCUCUACCAAGCCUGCUUCGGGUCACUUGACUCUCUAAGCGAAGCAACUCUUUUUGACUUUACUUUUUAUCAGAGUCCAGAUACUGUGAAGUUAGAUGCUAACUUGUAAAAGGUUGAAAGGUUGCAAAUGCUUUCUGUCUGGUAGAAAAGAGUGCCCCAAGGGUUAUAGUUGUGUGACCCUGUAGGACACUAAACAGGAUACUAAGACUCCCGGGCCUGCCCACUGCCCUAUAGGGCACUAAUCCGACUUUGCACUUUUAUUUCAGUGUUUGUUCUUUCUUUUACUCUAUCGCUCCUUCUCUCUCAUCUUCCUGGAACCACCUACGUUAUCCGACUAGUUCCCUCCAUGAGGCAGAGGCAGGCCUGGCAGGAGAGGCCAAGAGGCUGCCUUCGUGGGCACUGCAGUAGCUACCGUGGAUGGGCAGUGGGGAGAGAGCUUGUCCAGGUGCAUGGCUUGGGGAGGCGGAAUGAAGACAAUCCCCCACCUGCAGGUAUCAGGGAAGGCGCCCCUUGGUGGGAUUGGCCUCCGUCCCAGUGCCAGGCGGGACCGGAAGUCCAUCACCCUGCAUAUGAAGUUGGAGGUGCUUCGGAGGUUUGAGGAGGGUGAGAAGCUGACACAGAUUGCCCGGGCCCUGGGGCUGGCCACCUCCACUGUCGCCUCUAUCCGUGUCAACAAGGACAAGAUCCGUGCCAAUUCUCAGGCAGCCACACCUGUCAGUGCCACACAGCUCACCCGCUGCCGGGGUGUGGUGAUGGGCCACAUGGAACGCUUGCUGAGCCUGUGGAUUGAGGAGCAGAAGCGGCAGAACCUGCCUGUCAGCACACUGCUUAUCCAGGACAAAGCACGUCGGCUCUUUGCGCAGCUGCAGCACGAGCAGGGUGAUGGCACCCAGGUCGAGACUUUCGGGGCCAGCAAUGGCUGGUUUGCCCGUUUCAAGAUGCGCCACAAUGUGCUGUUGACAGAUGAGCCAGCUGUGGCUGAUGCCCAGGCUGCAGCCCAGUACCCCCCAGUGCUGCGCACCAUUCUGGAGGAAGGCCAGUACUCACCAAGCCAAGUCUUCAACGUGGAUGAGACGGGCCUGUUCUGGAAGCGGCUGCCUGAGCGCAUGCUGCUGGCACUGGAGGGGGCAGCUGGGCCUGGGCCCAAGGCCUCUAAGGACCACCUGACCCUGCUGCUCGGUGGCAAUGCAGCUGGUGACUUCAAGCUGAAGCCCCUGCUAGUGUACCCCUCAGAGAACCCACGCGCCCUCAGGGGCUGCUCCAAGUCCAGCUUGCCUGUGGUCUGGCGCUCCAACCGCAAUGAUUGGCUGACGCCCAGCAUCUUCCAAGAGUGGUUCACUGGCUGUUUCUGCCCUGCUGUGGAGAGCUACUGUGCCAGCCACGGCCUCCCGCACCGUGCCCUGCUGCUCCUGGAUGGUGCGCCCUGCCACCCUGCCCACCUGGGUGGCCUCUCGGCCCAUGUGCGUGUCGAGUUCCUGCCCAAGAACACAUCAGCCCUGAUCCAGCCCAUGAACCAGGGCAUCAUCGCUGCCUUCAAGGCCCAUUACCUGCACCGCAUGCUCAGCCAGCUGGUCCAGGAAACGGCUGGUGAGGACCGGCCCUCUGUGCGGGAGUUCUGGCGCAGCUAUACUGUCAUAACCGCUGUAGACAAUAUUGCCGAGGCCUGGGCAGAGCUGCAGCCUGCCACCAUGAAUAGUGCCUGGAGGAAGCUGUGGCCUGAGUGCGUGCCCACUGGUGCCCCUGAACCUAAUGCUGUGCCCCAGCUCCACCGCAGCAUUAUGGCACUAGCAAGCCAUGUGGGCCUUGGGGACGUGGCUGAGGCUGAUGUCACCUGCCUGCUCCAGGCCCAUGGGGAGCCCCUGCCCCGGGGCAUCCCUCAAGAUGCAGAGGAUGGGGACGCCAGUGCCUCUGAGCUGCCCUGGGAGGUAGGGAAAGGCCUGGCCUCCAGAAGACCAGAGCCAGAUCUUACAGGGGCUGUGGUUGGUGCAGGGACUAAGGAGGAAGCUGGUGUGGGUGCACCGAGCCCCGAGCACCUGGCCCAGGCCCUCUCCCACUUCGCUGCUGGCCUGCGGGUCCUCACAGAGAAUGAUCCCAACCGGGAGCGCAGCCUGCGUGUGUCCCGGGGUGUCCACUGUGCCCUUGCCCGCCUCCGGGAGCUGCACCGGGAAAGGAGGCGACAAGAUCAGGCAGCUACAUCCUCAGGAGGCCCCGUGGUGUUGGCAACGAGGGAGUUGGCUGGAAGCCUGCACUCACCCCAGGUGGGGCCCACAGGGUGGACCAGUGGCUAAGGGUACAGGUGCUGAAGGACAAACCUGUACGGCUGUCCUGCAUGAUUUGGGGUUUGGGCCUGACCUCAGAUGGGCCCUGUCUGAUGACAUUUUGUUUCUAGAGGGUGGACACUGUCCCUUCUCUCCCAUGGUUCUCAUAUCUCAUGCCCUCUGGUCUUUGUACAGUGGUACACACAGUGCCAGGCUUGGGGAACUGGAGGGUGGUGGUCUCUGAUUUGCAAAUGAGCUGCAGGGCCCAGGAGUGCUCACCCAUGAGAGAGACACACCCCGUAACACAGUAGUUGCCCAGCACAGCCCCUCAGGGUGGCCUGCCUUGUAAGGAGUGUCAACCUUAAAUAAAAUAAUUGGCAGAUUAUUAAAGUUGAUCUUAUUUAGGAAUAGCAGAGAAAUUGCAACUUGGGACAAGUAAACUAUGGUGAACCGUAGGAAAGUCUGAAGAGACAAAGGGAAGGUCAGCUUUUAUUAGGUUUUAGGAGGAAAUUGGAGAGGGUUCUUUUGAAUAAAAGUUCAUAGGGGAGGACAUGAGUUUGAGGUUGUGGAGGUUUCUCAUUGGCUGCAAGUGGUGGUUAGUGUGUUGCUGCUGGGGUGAGGAGGGAUCUUCCUUCUUCCCUCACUAGUUAUGUAGGCUUUGACGAGUGGUAUGUGCAUGAGAGCUCUGUCUUCAUGGCUUCCUGACUCCAUUUUGAAUAAGGUUUUCUUUAUCACUUUUCACAGGGGCCAGGGCAGAGACCAGCCUCUCCCAUUUACCAACCUUGACCUCUCACUCCUUGCACCAUUGUGACCCUUCCUAGCCAAGUUUAGAUGAGGGUUUCCUGCUCUCAGCGUCUCCUUGCUCGCUUUCCGUGCCAUCGUUGUCCCCUUGUGGUUUCUGUGGCCUCUGUUGUCUGAGGUCUCUGGUACCCUCCCUGUGCCCAAGCCCAUGGGCACAUAUUGGUCCACUGUGGUUUUUAAUACCAGGGACCACGUCUUUGGUUUGGAGAUGUUCUCUUUUCUGGGUUUCUGUGGUUGUCAUGGUUGUCUUGGCUUCCCUCCAGCCUCAGAGGCUGAGCCUUUUAUGACUCUGAUGGUUUCCUGUGUCUGGUGCUCUUUGGGAAAUCCCAUCCACUUAUGAGGGCUCAGUGGCCACCUCAGGCUCAGCUCCCAGUGCACUGGCUGCAAACCAGCCUCUCCCUGAAGUUAGACCCACACCUCUGAUUCUGAUGGAUGGGCUCCCUGGACAGUCUUGUUAUCUCCCCUCAUUCCAGCUUGUUCUGUUCCCCAAACUCUAACACCAGGCACCCUAGGGUGUCCGCCUGAUUCUGCAGACGCACCACAUGGGCUGCCAAAACACAGUCAGCAAGGGAAGAUGUUCCUGUGCUCCACCUGGAUGAGCCAUAGGGGAUGGAACAGGGAUGUCUGGCCUCCUGGACUCCUUUCAGCACAGGUACCUGCAUGUGCCUGCACACAUGCGCAUAGACUCUCGUGCCAAGAAAUAAAGAUGGGAGAAAGGAUUUCUACCACCUCUGUCCCAGCCAAUACCUGCAGUGAUGGGCCUGCAGUCAACACAUCACAGAGACUGGGGCCAGGGAGGGGCUUGAGGGCCCACUCUUACUGGGAGAAAGGUCAGAUGAGGUCGUUUGUUUGUGUUCUGGGGGAGAGUGGCAAGAGGAGUGGCAAGGAGAAGGGAAGGAGCUUUUUUCUUAGCACCCUGAUGACUGACUGGAUUAAUUGCACCAAUUAUGAGCACUUGGGCUAGGUGUUGGGGAGACCAGGGUGAGUGAGACUGGCUUCAGGAGCCGUCAGUCCAGAGGUUGUUACAUUCUGUGUGACAAGGUCUGUGACAGGCGACUUGGAAGGGACCCCAACUGAGCCAGGGGCAGAGGACAGGACACGAUAGGGGAGGCUUUCUGGGGAGGUGGUGUCCUAGCCUUCGGGACGUUGCUGACAAUCAGUGGAUUGGUCACUUCAAAAUGCCACCGUCAGAGAGGGGCUUGUCAGAGGCGCCCCAGCAUGAUGGGGUGGUUGGUAAAGGCCUGAGGCCCGGAAGGAAGGAGUAGCCCCGAUGGCAGCUGAGCGCCGCACAAGAGAUGGAGGAGGCCAGGGGACCAGGCAGGAGUGGUUGAGGCCAAACUCGGAGGGGUGGAAGGAAUAGAGAGGCAGGUGAGCGGCAGCCGGGCACAGCCACCGCAUGCUAGCAGAGCGCACGGAAGCGACUGCAGUUGCGGUCACGCAGGCCGUGCGUGGCGGAGACCACAUGCACGUGGGCCCGUCCGGCUCCAGGGCUCGUUUCCUCGCAGCUAGGGACGACGCCUGGUCCUCCCCAAGCGCGCAGCGGAGCGCCCCGGACGCGUUCAAGCAGCGCCCUCUCGCGGGCCCCUGAAGAAGUACAUUUCCGGGCGGCACUGCGUCUGCUCCGGCCCCGAGCGCGGGCGCCCGCUGCCUUCUGGGAAAUGUAGUGUCUGCAGCUGCGACCGUCGAGGACUACGUUUCCCAGGGAACUUCCCCGGCCGACCAUGUCGCAUGCCUUUCACUUCCGGGCGCGGGCCGUUGCCAUAGAGACGCAGAAAUCACUGACCCGUCAGCUCUCCCCUCUUGGCGCGCCUGCCUGGAAUGUCGGGUGUUAGUGUGGGUUGCGCGUCAGGGGCGGGAGAGAGAGGGUACAAGGCGCCAGAAGCAGUUCUUGGUGCUCCUGGAAGCGCCCGGUCCUCGGGCCCCAGGGUGGUUGGUCGCUGUUCCUGCGCCUCGGUGCCGGUCUGCCUGGCUCCCGGGGGCGGAGAGCGUGGGCUCGUUGCGGCCAGAGGCGUCGGGAAGGCCGGAAGUAGAGUGUGCAGCCUGCCGGAGG